CACGAGUUGAGCGACCAAUAUAUAAAUCAGAGAAAAAACAUAGUGGCCUGGGAAUAUCUAACUUCAACAACAAUGAUAAUCAUUCUGUUAUUGACUUUUCUAACUAUCUACUUUGUGUACGAGUUAUAUUGGAAGCGGAGGAACUUUCCACCCGGGCCAUGUCCGCUGCCAGUUUUUGGGAAUUUGUUGUCUAUUGCAAAUCCACCACCGGGAUAUAAAGCCUUCGAGAGAUGGACUAAGAAAUAUGGUGAUGUCUACACGUUUUGGAUUGGUAACACUCCUCACAUAAUGAUCAACACAUGGGACAAGAUCAAAGAGACCUUCAUUCGUGACGCCGACACAUACACAAACAAGGUCGUACUCCCUAUGGUGACGUUGUCCCGCGGCGGCGAGUACGGAAUUAUCGAUUCGAAUGGAGCCAUGUGGCGAGAGCACAGACGGUUUGCACUUUCUACAAUGAGAGAUUUUGGUCUUGGGAAGAACUUAAUGCAGGAAAAUAUUCUGAUGGAGGUGCAGGAUGUUUUUGCGAGGCUAGAUGCAAAACUGGGAUCCGAGACGGAUGUUCCGGAAGUUUUCGAUCAUGCAGUUGCGAAUGUGGUUAAUCAACUUCUUUUUGGAUACAGAUUUAUGGGGCCCAAAGAAAAUGAAUAUCAGGAAUUAAAACAUAUUAUUGAUUCUCCAGCGGAAAUUUUCGGAAAACUUCACAUAUUUCUAGCCAUGAAUAUUCCAAUAUUUGCAAAGCUGUUGCCCGAAUCUUUAUACGAAGGACCAAUCAAAACUUUCCGGGAUACUACAUUAGCAUUUUUUAAUAAACAAAUUGAGGCACAUCGGCACCGAAUAGAUUUUGAAGAUUUGAACUCAGAGAGCACAGAUUUUGUAGAGACCUUUUUGAAAGAGCAGAAAAGACGUGAAAGCGAGGGUGAUUCUGAAACUUAUAGUAAUAUCCAGCUUUUGAAUGUUUGCAUUGAUCUUUGGUUUGCGGGCCUCAACACCACAACAAACACUAUAACAUGGGCAAUCAGCUACGUUUUGCAUCAUCCAGAGGUUCAGGAUAAGAUUCAUGAGGAACUAGACAAAGUGAUUGGAAGUGAUAGGCUUAUCACCACAGCUGAUAAGAAUGAUCUUCCGUACUUCAACGCGUCUAUAAAUGAAUCACAACGAGGUAUCAACAUUCUCCCCCUGAACUUGCAGCACGCAACCACCCGUGAUACUGUGAUAGAUGGGUUCAAAAUCCCCAAGGGCACUGGAGUGGUUGCCCAAAUUAGUACCGUUAUGAAUAAUGAGGAAGUGUUCCCAGAUCCGUACACUUUUAAUCCAGACAGAUUUAUCGAUGAAAAUGGGAAAUUGAAGAAGGUAGACGAGCUCGCCCCGUUCUCAGUCGGAAAACGAAGUUGCCCGGGAGAAGGCCUUGCUCGGAUGGAGCUUUUCCUUUUCAUUGCUAAUUUUUUGAAUAGAUACAAGAUACAUCCCUCAAAAGAAGGCCUACCGUCAAUGGCCAAAGGCAGCGGACCAGUGGUUGCUCCGAGGUUGUUCACUGCGAUUCUAACAAGAAGAUUCUAAGAUCGCAAUGUUUUUGGGUUUCAUAAAUGCUUAAAUUUUAUCGCAAAAUUUCAAAAUUAAUUAAUGAUCUUCCACCUACCUUGACAUACUCGUUGCAUUUUACCGUGAUUUCUGAAGUUUGUCUGUAGGUUGGUGUUUUUCCGGAUUUCAUAAAACUGACUUCCAAGAAAGUAAAUUAA